AGCGAGUAUAUUAGGACCAGAACUAAAUAAAGAUGAAAUUAAUUUUAUCAACUCUAAAGACAUAUUUGAGUUUUUAGCUGGAAGUUAUGAUAAAUUAAUGGACUGGGAAGAAUUCUGGGGAGGGAUUAAACGGCAUCGUCAAAAGAUAGCUAAGCUUGUUGAAGGGAAGGUAGCAGAAGUUGCUUCAGGAACUGCUAGAAACUUUGAAUAUUAUCAGGACGAACAAUUUAAAUUUUACAGGAGAAAAAGUUAUCAGGAAAGUAGCGGAAGUAAUGUAGCUCGAGCUCAACUUAUAAGCCGGGUUACUUUUAUGGACUCAAGCGAAGCAAUGCUACUAAUUGCUGCUGGGAAAAUUAAAGAGCUCAAUGAAUCUAAACCGGAAGAAUACCAUGUUGAACCUGAAUUUAUUAAAAUAAACUGCGAAGAUAUGAAGGAAAUUCACGAAAAUACUUAUGAUACUGUAGUUCAAACAUUUGGUUUGUGCAGCACGGAUAGGCCCGAGUCAGUAUUAAAAGAAAUUGAGAGAAUAUGCAAGAAAAACGGCAAAAUUAUAUUACUUGAGCACGGAAAAUCCAAGUACACCUGGCUUAAUUAUGUUCUAAACAGGCGCGCUCCUUACCAUGCGAAGCGAUGGGGCUGCUGGCACAAUAAAGAUAUUGAAAAGUUAGUUAAAGACAGCGGCAUGUCUAUAGAAUUGGAAAGCCGGCAUCAUUUAGGAACCACUUAUUUUUACGUUUUAAGACCGAACUCCUGUUAAG